CGCCCCGCCCGCCGGGUCCGGGCACCGGCGUUGCCAGGGCCCUUCUGCGGGCGGAAGUCGUCGUUGCGGAGCUCCUGCGCGCGGUGCGGCGCGGCGGGGCGUGGCCGCGUCCUUCGCUGCGGGCCCCGGUAUUCGGGCGGGCUGCCGGCGGCCGCGCUGAGGUGGGACGGGGCUGGCCGCGGGGCUUCGGCGGGACACCGGCACCUCACGCACGGCUCGGGAGCGCCCGGUCCGCGUCCGGCGCCUCCGGGGUGGUGCUGCACGGCACGGCAGCGCACCGUCAGUCCCAUCCCAGCGGCGGGCGGGCCUUGAGGCUGCCCUGCUGGUCUCCGUGGGGCUGGAGGCGUUCGGUGGACGGCGGAGCUCGGUGCUGCUGGGCGGUUUCGGGUGCCUGUGAGGGGCGUGCUGAAGCCCUGUCCCGAUUCCCUGCAGCUGUCGUCUCGGCCUGCCGGACAGACCGUCUGAGCCGCGGGUACGACGUGCGCCCGGUCCUGUGACACCUGUGGUUUAGCGCAGUGAAGUGAUGCUGCUGCUGCUGCUUGAAUCUCAGCUUGCAUAAAAUUUUUAAGCCACGUUAAUGAAAAUCUAGUCAUUCUUUGAGCUGAAACACUGCUGGUUUUAAUGGUUUUAUCGUACGGAAAAGAGUAAUCUUUGAAGCUUGUUAAGUGAGAGUAUAUAUUGUUGAAGAUGAUGUUCCAUCUUCAGAGUUCAUAAACUCAAAGCUGCAUAUUGGAUGUCAUGAGUUUGUCCUCUCCAGUCAGCUAUGCUGUCAUGGAAGCUACAUGCUUACAUAGUGCCAACUGUGAGUCACAAUUACUACAAAACAGCAAUGAAUCAGAAGUGUACACUGCUGAAGAUCUGAGAAGGAAACUCUGUCAAGCUAGAAAAGAAAAAUUAGACUUAACCAUUAAACACAAUCAAGAACUGUCCAACUAUGAAAGCCAGAUAGUCAAAUUACGAUCAGAAAUUGAGAAAGGAGAAGCUGUUCGACAGCAUCUGGAGUAUGAAUUGGCAAUUGCCAGAAAAGAUGGUCGUCUGAAAAUGUAUGCUGUAGAAGAGGAGUUAAGUGAUGCAAAAACCAAACUUGUGGAACUGCAAAUAUUAAAUGAAAAACUUCAGCAGAAAGUGGCAGAGACUGAGAAAACAUUUCAUAUUGCUCAGCAGAAGUGGAAAGAAGAACAGCAAAGACAUGCAAGUGAAAAGAAUGAUAUCCGUAGAACUUGCAAGGACGAAUAUGAAUUACUUCUCAAGGAAAGAACCAAACUAGAAAGCUUUUUGCAGGAGCAAAACAAUGCGUUGCAAAAUAUACGUAAGAAAAUGAAAGAUGUGGAGGUGGAACACAAUGGCUGUACGGAGCUGCUGAGGCGCCAGGCCAAUCAGCUUGAAUACAGUGCUGAACAAGAGGAGCGACUGAAGAAAGAACUCGAAACAGCUACAGUGAGAAUAAAGAAACUGGAAGAAAAUGUUGAAGCAGAGAGAGCAGCACAUUUGGAAUCCAAAUUCAAUUCAGAGAUCAUCCAGUUAAGAAUUCGAGACCUUGAAGGAGCUUUGCAGGUGGAAAAAGCCAGCCAAGCAGAAGCUCUUUCGGAUUUGGAAAUGGUCAAGAAAGAGUUUAAAGAGGUAGAAAAUGCAUAUGAGAGAGAAAAACGCAAUGCCCAAGAGAACCUGGAAAAACUCAAUGUAUUAGAAAGAGAGUGUAUCUCCGCAAACAAGCACAUGAAUGAGAAGAUUGAGGAGAAGAAGAAGAUAAUUAAAGACCUCUCUGAGAGACUAGGGAAUAAUGAAAAAACCCACAGAGAAUUGCAGGAGGAACUUGCAAUGGCCAAGAAACACCAGGUCUUUCUAACAGAGACGUAUGAAAGCAACAUCAGAGAGCUGGAGUUACUCUUGGACAGCUUUGCUAUGUCAGGCCAGCGGACAGCAGGCAUUUGUGAGGACAAAGAUAAACCUUCAAGCCUCUCUGUCCUUGAGACUUUGAGGUGUACGUUGACAGCUUACCAGAACAAGCUGGAAGAUACAUCUAAUGAGCUUGGGAAAAUGGAGGCUUUGUGUGAAAAGAUGACGAAAGAACUUGAGAUAUCCAAAGAGAAAAUGUGUGCUUUAAGUGAAGAGUUUAAGGAAGCUCAGGAUAAUCUAGCUGAUGCCAAUAAAGAGUUAAAUCAUUUGCACACUAAGUGUGCAGACAGAGAGACUUUAAUAGGAACUUUAAAAAUUGAACUACUGAAUGUACGGCAAUGCUGGGAGAAGGAGAAAGUACGUGUCACAGAAUCUGAAAAUGAAAUCCAGAAGCUUACCAGGGCUUACCAGAAGGAUGUGGAGGAGAAGCUAACCUUCCUCCAUAGCUUAUAUCAGCGUUUGGUAGCAGGCUGUGUGCUUAUAAAACAACCAGAAGGCAUCCUAGAUAGAUUCUCUUGGUCUGAGCUUUGUGCAGUCUUGCAGGAGAAUGUUGAUGCCCUGAUCUUAGACCUCAACGGGGCUAAUGAGAAGAUAUCUCACCUAGAAUGUAUUUGUAAGAGCAAGUCUGAUACUGUGAAGGAGCUUCAGCAGAGCCAGGAAGAUGCUUUUAGCGAAAUGGCUGAACAGAUGAAAGCACAGGAAAGCUGUUGGCAGAAACAAAAAACAUAUCUGGAACAGCAGUACUCUGGUCUCCUUGGGGAAGUUCAUGCAAGGGCACAGGAAUACCAAAAAACAGCAGAGAAAAACAAGGAAAAAAUUUAUGUCCUUGAAAGAAGACGGGAUAAAUUGGCCCUUGAAAAUGUUUCUGUGAAAAAUAUGUUAACACAGGUUCAGAAGGAGCAUUCAUCUCUCCUGGCAGCCUGUGCACUAUUGGCAGGUGCCCUGUAUCCUCUCUAUGGCCGAUCAUGUGCUAUGUCUUCCCAGAGGGACCUUCUCCAGGAUCAGGUCAACAUUUAUGAAUUAGUGAACCAGGAGAUUAGGACCCUAGUUCAUGCACUCUCUGAUGUAGAGGAAGACAGUCAAGAUGAUGCAAAACUAAAGAAAAGAAAGCUCAAAGGCUUGAUUCAUGUAUUUCGAAGAGGUGUGAUUGCAGUUUUGGCAGCUAACAGAUUUAAAGUUUUAGCCCAGUCUUCUAGUUCUCUCUUCUCCUGGGCAGACGGCUUCAAAGAAGGGAUUGGAAUUCUAGUUUGUAUAGGAGAAUCCAAAGGCAAGCAUAACGUGUCAAGUCGUGAAGAGGAGCAAAUUCACUCUGUUGAAGCAUUCAGCUGGUUUACUAGUUCUAACCUCCUUGCUGCAAUAAUAAGUUCUGUCACCGAAUUACAGGAUGUUGUUAACACAACAGAUCCAAAGCCCUGGCUUUCGGAACACUUACUUGUAAAUGCAGCCAGGAACUCCUUUUCAAAACUUAUGGACAAGCUGAAUGUAAUAAUGGAGACUGUUCCAUUAGACAGCAGAAGGAGCAUUACUUACCUGGAGAAAAACUCCUUGGUACAGAGGCUGGCUCAUGGACUUCAUAAAAUAAAUACCCAGGCCCUGGAAGCUGGAUUGUGUGACAGACUACCCAUUAUGAAAAGUAUAGCAUCCUUGCAAAAGCAGAUAUUUGAAUUUACACAAAGACUUCAUACAGCAGAGGUGGAACGCCGUUCACUGCGCCUAAAACUUGCAGAAUUUAAAUGGAAUUUCAGUGAGAUGAAAAAAGAAGCUGAAAAAGCCCAGAGCCUGCAAAAGCAAUUAAAUAUGUUUAAGCAAUCUAAAUUGAUCACCCAUGAGAGGUUUGAAAGUGCAUGUGAAGAAUUAAAUAAUGCAUUACAUCGGGAGCAUCAGGCACAAGUGCUUUUGAAUGAACAGGCGCAACAGCUACAGGAGUUAAAUAAUAAACUAGAAUUGCACUCCAGUGAAGAAGCAGAUAAAAACCAAGUCUUAAGUGAAACUGUAAAGAGACUCUCCGAGGCAAAGAUGGAGCUGAGAAGAAAAGAUCAAUCUCUGCAUCAGCUCAAUAGACUUCUUACCCAGCUGGAGCAGGACAAGCGUCGACUGAAAGAGAGCAUCCGUGAUGCAGAGAGUGCCCUCUGCAUGGCAGCGAAAGACAAAGAAUUGAUUAUUAGUCAAAUGAAAUCUGUGGAAGCCACUCUUCGUAAGGUCAGAGAUCAGACCUUGCUGUCACGGACUGCGGCAACCAGGAAUGACUUCACCCUGCAGCUACCCAAACUGCACCUAGAGACCUUUGCAGUGGAAGGGCUGAAGGGCAGGCCAGAGGUUGUGGCAUUUCAGGCCAUGGUUAUAAGUUUUAUGGAUGUCUACCAACUUGCAAGUUCCAGAAUUGACAUGUUGCUGAGAGAAACAGCAUCUCAUCAGCUUCACAUUGCAGCCCCAAAGUCCAAGAGCCAAACAGCUUGUCUUCAUGAAAAUGAGAACCUGCAAUUGGAAUCAAAAGGGAGUUCAAACAUAACCAUGGCUUCAAGCUAGGAAUUCAGCCUGGCCAGAGCUGUAUCCCAGAUAUUUUGGCAUUGCAAGCUGAACCUGACACAUGCUGCAGUUUUAUGCACAAUAGAGCCAGUUUUCAGUCUUCAGUCUAUUCCUUCAGCCUGAAUGUCACAUCCAGUCCCAAAAGAACAAUGGAAAAUGGAUUUUCAGAUUCUUUGUAUUAAUAAUCUUUUAGAAGGAAAAAAUUGCAUUAAUGUAAAAUGAUGCAAUUAAAGUGCAAUUUUGUUGCUACCUUUGAAUUGUAGUUCAGUGUAUGUAUUUUUUGACAUUAAUUUUACGUUUCUAUGAAAAUGUGCUUUCAUAUGUUCACAUUUCUGUGCUUCUCAUUCUUUGCAUACCAAAACAGUUAUUUUUUUUUAACUUUUAUUUAUUGCAGUUGUUCAUUUUUUAUGUAGUAUAUUUUUAAAUGUUAAAGAAUGACACAUUUUGUGUAAUUUUCUUCAGUCUUUAAAAAAAAAAUCAAUAAGCCAUUUUAGUCUCUAUCUAUCAAAGUUGUUUCAUACUUGUCUAUUUUAAAGCAGGACUGCAAUACUUUAAUAGGAUUGAGAGAGCUAUUUGAAAUGUAUGCCAAUGAUUCCUGUCAUUUCAUGGCAGCCCUGCCAUGGUUCACUGAGCCCCCUCUUUUCUCUUGUCAGCUCAACUGAAGACAAGCAUUUAGUUGCAAACUUUAAGCAGGUUGUGCAAAACAGAAAUGAUGUGACUGCUUCUCUUCCUGCACAAUAAUGUCACUGCUGGUCAAUGUGAGAAGGUCAGGUUGCUCCUUGUAAAGCUACAUGAUACCACUUGCCUAUUUGAACAAGUUAAGUUAACUGCUGAAUCUGGUCCCUGCAGGCGCUGAAAACUCACCCUUUUAUCAAGUCUGCAUUUCAUCAGAAAGAAGAACAAUUGUGCAGGGAGGAUUUCUGAUGAUAUGUUUAUGUACUUUAUAAGGACAGUUCCCAAACCAGUGUUGCAGGUAAUAUAUUUAGUUUAAGCUGAAAGACUUUAAAGUAAUGGCUGUUUUGACCUUCAAAUAGACUCUUUUUUUGUUGUUGUUGGUAGGACCCAAGAGUGACGCCCAUCUUUGAUGCUGACAGAAUUUAAAGCAAGGCCAUUGCCCUGCAUUUUCUGCCUUGUAGCACACAAAAGUAAAAUUGUAUGUCAGGCCGAGAUGUCGGGGAGCUGACAAGAUGCCCCAGUGACAUUUCAGCUGGAAAGAGCAAGUGUCUUGCAACCAAGUGGUCAAAUAUCAAAUAAUAGGUCAAGCAGGAAGGAGCUGAGUUCUAACCACAGAGAGGUUUCUGGUAACUUACUUGACAAGCUUUUGGGCGCUUUGUGGCUUGACAAAGUGAUGUUCUGUUGGGUAUCGCUAGACAGACUGUUCUUUAUUGCCUUCAGAAGAUCAGACAUUGACAUUGAUUAAACUCUUUAACCCUUAAAGGUUAAAUCCUAGCAGUUUCAUCAUUGUGAAUGAAGAACAAAAGAAAAUUUGUAAUAUACCAUUUGUUUUCAUAUUAAUCACUGAACUCCCUAGUGCUAAUAACUUUUAACGUGCAAUGUAGUUUUUGACAAAAAGAUUGAAUGCAAAAUCUAUAUAAUAGAUUGUUGCUCAUUAUGGGCCAGUGAUACAUUAGAAAAAUAAUAUUAUGCAUUAUGGAAUUUGUAAUUUCUUCUAAUAUGUCAAAUGUAGGAUUUGAUUUUAAAGCCUCCUGACUACUACUGAAAUUCCAUUCUGGAUGGAAAACAAUAUUUGCAUAGAUAAUACACCACUUAAAAUGCCAAAGUCUUCCAAAUACCAGGUACCAGAAAAGCCAGAAUAAAUCUCAAAGUUACAACAUCUUUAAUCUUUGAUUAAAGUUAGCAUCAAGCUUUCAGGUAUUCCCCUAUUGCACAAGUCGAUUGCUCACAGCCAUGAUGCGCAUGUGUGUACGUAUACUAAUACAGACACAUGCAAAAACAAAUAACAAAUCCUGCAGAACUAAGAGUUGGCUGAUAGAGGAAGAACACUCCUUUUCUCUAUGAUGAUGUAUUUAGUCUUGAAUACUUAAGAAAGAAGUUUCAUUUCCCUCCAAAAGUCUUGGCUCCCUUCUUCCCUGACAGUGACUGACUGUUCCUGGUAAAGGCACUGCAAGACUGUAUUCUGCUCUUUCAAAUACAGCAUUGAAGAUCUGUUAUAUUUGUAUGAAGAAUGAAAGAAUAUAUAUUACCAAGCAUUUUUCUCUCUACUAUGUAUAGAAGCAUGUAUGUGCUUCACUUAUUAAAAUAUGUUCUCAUGGUCCUCUGUAUUUUGAGAAAGAAAAUGCCUAUUCUUUGCUACAUGACCUCAAACUACUGAAGAAAUUUUGCAGCAUAUCUAUCCCUUUCUCAUCAUUGCCGUACAUGUAGUAUUGUACAUGCAGAGAUGGAAGAAUGAUUUCUUUCUGAAAUGUUUUCCUUUUUGAAAUCAGUAUCUUAUAAAGACUAUGACUGAUCUGCUCCAGUUACUCCAGUUACUGCUCCAAGCACAGGUUCAUGUAAUUUCACAGGGGCCAUAGCAGUGGCAAACUGAAUGUAGUUAAUAGGAAUAAUCUAGUAAGCUAUCACUUCCUACAAGAACUAGCUUAUAUGUUUUCAUUGAAAGGAGAACAUCUAACUCAUUUACUCCAUUUAAAUAUUGGCCAGCUCUGAGUUACAGACUAUUUUUUUGCACCCACUUUGAAGAGACUUUGAAAUAUCUUUUGUUUGGAUGUCAGAUGUCCCAUUUGUAAAGGAAAACUCCUCUUUCUCAUGUUGUGAAGAAGUUGUUGAGUAGUAAACCAGAUCAUCAUUAGUCAAAUACUCCUGUGUUGCUGUUCCAGGCAUCUGAUAAAUUGAAGUUUGUGAUAAAUUCCAAAUGAAUAGGAGAAAUACAGCUGUCAAAAUUCUCUGUUAGUAGUUUACAAAUGAUUGCACCAAAGCAUUUCUUUUCCUUUUUGGGGACACAAUAAAAAUCAUGCUUGUGUAGAAUGUGGCAACACAGUAACAGUAGCUGCCAAAAGAGCAUCCUGACUGUUUUAUAUGAUCUUGUCUUUCUGGCUUGCUUCAAAAAUUGCUGAGCUUGAGACCUUGAUCCUGACUUUUGGAGCUUUUCAUGAGUUGGGCCUGGGAUUUCAAGAGGACUGCUUCUACUUGGGUAACCUCAGCUCGAUCAACAACAUGGCUCCAUGAGAACAAUCAAACAGUUUCCUUAGAAGAAAGCCCAUGAUUAGUGGGACUAGAAUAUUGUCCGUGGUUUUUAAAUGUGGUACAAUAAAUAAUUGGUCACAGA